AUGCACGAAAUUGACAUAGUGUCUUUCAAAAGAAUUUCGGAUAUCUUUGUCACCAGCUGUUUGUCUAAUGAAGAAACAAAAGCUUUUGGAGAAUAUUUCUACAAAAAUUAUAUGUCUCAGCCUGAGAAAUGGGCCUAUUGCUAUCGAAUUGGAUUAGGGGUUAAUACAAAUAUGAAAGUUGAAAGGUGGCACAAGCAGCUUAAGUAUGAACAUGGUAACGCAAAGGUGAUAAAGAGACUAGAUUAUUCUUUAUCUUUGGUGUUAAAUGCUAUUGCAAGGAAACUGAUGAAUCGUGCAAUAUCUUUAGAACGUCAUAAAUUGACAACUAGGGUCACAGAAAUUCGUAAGCGACACAGACAGAGUAUGAGUAUGCCUGAAUAUCAGGUAAUUGAAAUCGAGCCUAAGAAACAGUGGUCAGUUUCGAAGGCUGUUAUUUCAAGAGAAAUUACAUUUUAUGAUGUUCGGAUUCAUGAUCCUUGUGCAUGUAGCAUAAGGUGUGAUGACUGUAAUAUUUGUAUUCAUGCAUUCUCCUGUACUUGUAUUGAUUAUAGUAUCCGUUUCAGUAUUUGUAAGCAUAUUCAUCACGUAUGUCAAAACCAGGUAACUGAAGUUCAGAGAUCUGGUGUGUCAGAAAAUGAUGAGUUUCAUUCAGAUAAUUUGGUAAUUGAUGUGACUGAGAGGGAUUCCAGGCAUGCCGAAGAACGUUCGGCGAUAGUUAAUGAAAUAACGAGUGAACAAAAUGCUGAAAGUUGCGAAAGUAUUAGACAGGAAACAAUGAAAUUGUUUGAGAAUUUAUCAAAGAAUGUUGCAACUAUUGAAGGUCUUAGAGCAUUAAGGUGUGAUGUGUUGUCGUUAUAUGCUAAAUAUCAGUCAAAUUACUUUAUUCCUGUAUCCUCUACUAAUAAUCGAAAUAUAAACCCACAAAGGAGAUUUUAG